AUGAGCUCACUGUUAGGACUUGUCAAUUAUUCUGAUGAUGAAGGAUCUUCUGAAGAUGAAAACAACAUUCCUCAACCUAUAAAGAAACAAGAAUCUAAAGAAAAACCAAAACAAGCACCUCCUCUACAACCACCAAAACCCUCUCUAUUAGCAACACCUCCACCUAUCAUUGAAUACAACAGACGCCUAAACGCAGCCUUAACACCUAAACCUAUUGAAGGUGUCGACCAUUGGGGCAUUCCAAGUGAAUCAGACUUGGUAUGCGAUUCAAACAGAGAAGAAAAAAUAGCACACUUUUUGUCACUUCGCGCCUCAGGUCAUCGUCUAAAUGAUCAUUUGCAGCAUAACAAGGCAUUUCGCAACCCACGUAUCUAUGCCAAACUAGUUGAGUUUACAGAAGUCGAUGAAUUUGGCAGCAAUUUUGAUAAACAGGAGUUUGACCCCUAUGGAUUUCCUAAAGAAAUGUACAUUGAUGGCAUUUUAGAAACACAAAAGAAGAUAGCCGAGGAAAAGGCUGCUCAACAACAAAAUAGAACAUCUGUCAAUUUUGUGUCGUCUCAACAACCAGCAUUAACGCAGCAACAGUCCACAACAAUGGCACAAGCCAUGGCUGCUGCAGCCAAAGUAGCUAGUCGGAUUGCUAAACCACCUUCAAUGGAAACAACAGGGGAUAAACGAAGUAAUAAGUGGGAAGAUGACUAUAGAUCAAGUAAACGAUAAUUCAUCUUUGUGUUAACCUGUCAAACUGAGUCAUACUUGAUUUGACUGGUUGCAUUAAAAUAAAACUCCAUCUUUUAUCUCUUA